UUUUGCAAAAAAACAUGAUAAAAAAAAAAAAAAUCUGUUAUUAUAUUUCAAUUCUUCAAACUUUAAAAAACUAUCUUCAAAAAGAUGAUAUAUGGGCGAGCUGUGAACGAAAUCGUCUAAAAUCAGUUGAAAAUGAUGGCAUUAUACGAGAUUACUCUGAUGGCACACAUUUUAAAUCAUUAAAUGUUAAUAACAAUAAAUUUAUACGUUUACAUUUGUAUAAUGAUGAGCUAGAAAUAUGUAAUGCACUAGGAAGCAGACGGGGUACUCACAAGAUUUCAAUUUUUUAUUUUAUAGUUAAGAAUGUUGACACUCAUUUAUGGACAAAUCUCGAUCACAUUCAUUUAGUAUUAGUUGCCCAAUACAGUGCUGUCAAAAGGUUUGGAUAUGAUAAAGUUCUAAAUAAACUUAUGCAUGAUGUGAAAUUGCUUGAAAUAUAUGGACUUGAUUUAAAUAUUGAUGGCAGUAUUGAACAUGUAAAUGGUUCUAUUGUUACAUUCUCUGGUGAUAACUUAUCCUCUCAUUCUUUUGGUGGUUUUUCUACUUGCUUUUCAUCUGGCAGAAUUUGUCGCCACUGCAUGGUUUCGUUUAGGUUUCUUUCAUAUGUUCAUUCAGAAUCUUCGUGUCAGUUGCGAACAAUAGAUUUACAUAAAUAUCAUGUUCAACAAGUGAAGACUGAUAAGUCACUUGGUGCUGUAUAUGGUGUUCUUUCUCGUUGUUCUUUAUCUAGUUUACAAUAUUUCAAUCCAAUUGAAUGUUUCCCACCUGAUUUUAUGCAUGAUGGACUUGAAGGACUUUUGAGUGUUAAUUUUUCAAUUGUUGUAAGAAAUCUUAUCAAAGAAAAACUAUUCACUAUUGUUCAAUUAAAAGAAGAAAUAGCAAAAUUCAAGUAUAGCAUUCCAGAUAGUUGUGAUAAACCUGCUGUAUCAUGUAUUCCAAAUAAUUUGGGAACAACCAAUAAAAGAAUCCAUGGAAAAGCAGUAGAGAGAUGGUCGCUAUUUCAUUUUUUGCCAGUUUUUGUCAGUUGCCUAGUAAAAAAUCCUGAUAUACUCCUAAAUAAUAAUUUUUGGCAGCUUCAUUUGCUUUGUCGACAGAUAGUACAAAUCAUUUUGGCUCCAGAAAUUGAUAUAAAUUGGAUACCUAUUCUUGAGCAUCUGAUUCAAAGACACCAUUCUCUACUUGAAUGCAUUAGUCCUGUUUCAUUUAUACCUAAAAUCCAUUAUUUAGUACAUUAUCCUAGAUUACUAUUACAUUUUGGACCUCUGCGACACCUCUGGGUAAUGAGAUUUGAGUCUAAACAUCAAUAUUUUAAACAGAUUGCACGCCGUGUAAAAAAUUUUAAAAAUAUAACAUUCACUUUGACACAACGACAUGAAAUGCGUAAGUGUGUUACAAAUUUCGGAAGAAGCCCAUAUGUUAAGGGUCCAGAAAUUUUAGGUAGUCAGAAAAUUUUAUCUAUAAGUUCUAUUCCAUUUGAACUUGUAGAUGCUAUUAAAAAUAGGUUUGGUAACACCCAUCAAAUAAAUGGAGCUGAGCAGUUUAUAUCCACUACUAAACUUAGAAUUAAUGGACAGGUUUUUUAUACAACAACGUCUAUUAUUUGUCAGAAAAAAGCUAGCAAUGACAUGCCCCUAUUUGGAAAAGUUAAAUAUAUAUUAUUGUUUCAAGGAACAUGGAUUAUUUGCUGUGUUUUGCAAAUAGCAAAAGAAUAUAUUGAAUUUGCUGAUUUUUAUACUAUAGAGUGCUCUGACAAUUGGGUUGUAGUGAUACCUGGAGAACAUGCCAAUCAUUCGUCCCUGGGAUCCUAUUUUGUCAAUAAUCAGGAAGGCAUUUUGUUUUGUCAUCGCGUAUGCAUAGAAGAGAAAUGAGAAAAUCUGAAAAUUUUGAUAUGCUGGUUGUAAAGGUGUUAGAGAAAUUCCAGUUUUCCCCAGCUAAAAUUGUUUUAAAUAUUGAUGGAACAGAAAUAGAAGAGACUGAUGUUUUACUCAGUCUUUCGGGUGAAGUGCUACUCGCUCUUCGUGAUGGUGAAGAUUGGGAAUUGUGUAGUAAGUUGUUAUUAUUAAGGGUAACAUUUGUACAUUUUCUCAUUACAAUAUUGUUACAGUUUUAAAAGGAAUUUUCAAAAAGGCACGUUAAUUAAAUUUGUUUUUGUAUUACCAAGUUAUAGGCUUAGUAGAGGGUUGUAUAAACAAACCUCUUUUUGAUUUUGUGUUUGCAAAAUUUAAGCCUUUACAGCUAAGAAGUUCCAUCUGGUCAGAAACAAUUUUUGUUUCAGAGAAAAAUCUAAGUAAAUUUAAAAAUUUAUUAAAAAAGCUGUAAGUUAUUUUAAUCAAUAACAAAUAAAUUGUAUUGCACAAUUUAUAACUUACCAUACAUAUAGAAUUUGUAUAUGCAUGGUAAAUUAUGAAUAAAUCAUUUAUUGCUAAAUAGUUAUAU